ACGCACAGGGCUUUUUGUGGCUCAAGCUAGUUGCUAAAUUAGCUUCAGCGUUGGCCCACUGAGUGCAGGUUCUCUGAAGACACACGCAUUAUUCCAGAAAUAAACGUGUCAAAUACCCUGCGCCUGCACAUUUAAGCUGCUUUCAUUUGUCUUCCUGUGCAGUAAAGUGUAGUUGGCCCUCGACAGCAUAGUGUUCCUCUGCAAACUUUGCGAUGGGCAAGAAGUCUCGUGAAGAGGACUCCUCAUCCUCAGACGAGGAAGAAUAUGUCGUGGAGAAGGUGCUGGACAGGAGGGUGGUGAAAGGCAGAGUUGAGUUCUUCCUGAAGUGGAAGGGAUACUCAGAUAAGCACAACACAUGGGAGCCAGAGAAGAAUCUAGACUGCCCUGAGCUUAUUGCAGAGUUCAUGAAGACGUACAAGAAGAGCAGUGGUGGAAGCUCGACACCAAGCAGUGGGGCCAGCAAAUCAAGCACAGGCUCCGUGGGACGCUCCAAAGACUCCAGUAGCUCAAAGAAGAAGAGUUCUGAUGAUGAGGAGGGUGGCAGUAAGCCCAAAAAGAAAAAAGAAGAUGAUAUUCUGGUAGCGCGUGGAUUUGAAAGAGGACUUGAACCAGAAAAGAUCAUUGGAGCUACUGACUCAUGUGGAGAUCUAAUGUUUCUCAUGAAGUGGAAAGACUCUGAUGAAGCUGAUCUCGUGCUUGCAAAGGAGGCCAAUCAAAAGUGCCCACAGAUUGUCAUAGCCUUCUACGAAGAGCGUCUCACCUGGCACGAAGAUGGUGACAAGAAAGAGAAAGAUGCUGUCAGUGCGUGAGUGCAUCACCUCAGGAGGUAAACAGGACCUCCUCCACUGCAGGGACAACCUUGAGGCAGAUAUUUUUCACACCCAGUCCUCCCAUCAUGUGUCUAUUACAUGUCCAACAAAGAAAGCAGACAGUCAAUUUUUUCUCCAUCCAUUCCCCUCUGGAGCACAAGGGCCCCGACUGCAGAGAAGAAUCCACUGACAGGGUGAGAGGCUGUGGCAGACAUGGUGAUAUUUGACUGGAGUUGAGGGUUCUAGUGUUUCUCUUUGUAUUAUUUACCUUUUUAAAAUGUCUUAACAUAAUGUUUUAGUGCAUACAAGAUACAAUUUUGCAUCUACACACACUGGUGCCCACUUGUUACAACACUGUAAUAUUGUAUAGUUUUUACAGCCAGAAUUGGUGCAAAGUAGGUGCACAGUCCCCAUCCAAAAAUCAGAAUUAAAAAAUGCACCUCUUUGCUACAAGAAUCCUCUAACUCUGUUUAAAACAGUAGAAGUGAUGUGCAGGAAGCAGCAACCACGAUACUCUCCUGACUUUCUUUUUUUGAAACUUUUUAUCUGUUGUGGAUUUGUCCUUUUUACCAGCAUAUGACUACUCAUUUUGCAGGGGACACCGGCCAAUUGUGUUUUUAAUGUUGUGAUCCUUGUUUUGUUAAAAUUGUACCUCCUCAUUUGCAAGUUUUAACAUGAAUGAAUUCUGUGUUUUUCUUUUAUGAUAUCAGCAGUUCUAAAAAGACCAAUAAAACACAUUUUGCCCAGAUUUGUACCCUUUUUUGACUGUAGGUGUUUUUGUUUUUUCUGUUGACAGACUAGACAAUCUGUACUCAUUCAAAAAAAGCAUCCAUAUCAUCACCUUCCUGAAAUAGUUGCCUAUGUCAUUUUUGUUAAAAAAAAAAAAAAAAAAAGACCUUUUUGAUGAAAUCAAAUCCUCAAUUUCUGGUUAGGGGUUUUUGUGUUUACUGAUAAAUCUGAAAGAAUGACACGGGCAAUUUAUACAGGAAGGUGACUAUAUGCAACUAUUGAUAUCUGCCACCUUGUGGCUGAAAGAUGUAACACUUUGCAGUGUCCUGAAGGGUGUGACUCAUUUUAAAUGUGUUCCUUCCUUAUUGAUGAUUUUAUAUAUUUUUUUUAACAGUGUAAAGUCACCCAGCAGUUGAAAUACUUUUCCUUUAUCACUCAAAUGUACCUGAGGUAUAAAACUUCUUGAUCUAAAACUGAGAGCCCUGUUUCUUGGUGAAUAAUUUGUUUCCUUUGGGUGUGCUCUCUCUGCCACAAGGGUUUUGAGUUUGUAGUCUGAUCUCUUAUGCUCCAAUGUGGACACUUUAGGACCAAAUAGGUGAUGUCUGCAGUGUGCAUUUUUAUUUUUUUUUAUACAUAUUUGGCUUUGUGUGCAUUGUAAAUGAAGGCUCUUACCUUCUCCUUUCAUACAUAUAGUACAUUUAUACCUCCCCUCUGUUAUGAUUUUGAUGUUAUUUCCUUUCAUUAAACAUGAUUUUUCCUUCCAUCCCCUUGAAUUUUGUCCAAUUUUUGCCAGCACAGAAUUUUUUAAAAGUAGAGUAUUACCUGUGUGAUCAAAUGUUACAGAUGUGUGUAAAGUAGCACCCUUUAAUAAACAUUUAUAAUGUUUA